AUGACAAUGAACGCAAAGCAAGGCUCCAAACGAUUGAAGUGGGCCCUAGACUUUGCGCACAGAACGAAACAGGAUAAAAAUAUAGAGAUACCAUCUCCACCAGGGUAUACACCUACUGGGGGCCUUUUUCACAAUGUCGAGUACAUGAGAGAGUCUGAUUCUAAUCUUCUGAUAAUAAAGAAGUCUUGGGAUUUGGCUUUGGGACCCCUCAAACAAGUACCUAUGAACCUGUUUAUCUUGUAUAUGGCUGGUAGCUCCGUUUCGAUAUUCCCUAUCAUGAUGGUCGGUAUGCUUAUCGUCAAGCCAGUCAAGGCGCUGUUCACUCUUCAGCAAACGUUUAAAGUGAUCGAAGGUACACAUGCGUGCGGACAAAAGUUUGUGUACUUCCUAGGACAGUUAGUGAAUAUCGCGUUAGCUCUGUACAAGUGUCAGUCGAUGGGUCUGCUGCCGACACACGCGUCUGAUUGGCUGGCAUUCGUCGAGCCUCAGACGAGAUUGGAAUACUCCGGUGGAGGUUUCAUGUACAUUUGAUGCAAAGGGGUCGAUCAGGCGGUAUUGUAAGUAUUCAGCAUAUGCGUCGGCGUGAAUUAUAGCUAAAUUAUACUGCAAAAACUUACGUAUCAUA